GCCGCCGCCGCGCGCACAGCCGGGCCCGAGCGCGCACCCGGCACACAGCGCUCAGACCGCGGCCGCCGCCGGCGAGGGAGACCGAGUCCCGCACGCCCGACAUGCGCCUGGGCUAGCGGCUCCCGGGCCUGAGAGCAGCACACGUCCUCCUCUCGUUAUUCUCUCUCUUCUCUCUUCUCUCUCCGACCCCUCCCUCCCCAACACACAGUCUGUGCACUGGAGGAGGAAACCUUUCCUUGGUGCCCCCUCCCUCCUCACUCCAGGCAGCCGAGAAGCCGCGCCGUGGGGGCCCCCGGACCGUCUGGAAAUGCGAAUCCUAAAGCGCUUCCUCGCUUGUAUUCAGCUGCUCUGUGUUUGCCGCCUGGACUGGACUAAUGGAUACUACAGACAACAGAGAAAACUUGUUGAAGAGAUUGGCUGGUCCUAUACAGGAGCACUGAAUCAAAAAAACUGGGGAAAGAAAUAUCCAACAUGCAAUAGCCCCAAACAGUCUCCUAUCAAUAUUGAUGAAGAUCUUACACAAGUAAAUGUGAAUCUCAAGAAACUUAAAUUUCAGGGUUGGGAUAAGACCUCUUUGGAAAACACAUUCAUUCAUAACACUGGAAAAACAGUGGAAAUUAAUCUCACUAAUGACUACCGUCUCAGUGGAGGAGUUUCAGAAAUAGUAUUCAAAGCAAGCAAGAUAACGUUUCACUGGGGAAAAUGCAAUAUGUCGUCUGAUGGAUCAGAGCACAGUUUAGAAGGACAAAAAUUUCCACUUGAGAUGCAGAUCUACUGCUUUGAUGCCGACCGAUUUCCAAGUUUUGAAGAAGCGGUUAAAGGAAAAGGGAAGUUAAGAGCUUUAUCCAUUUUAUUCGAGGUUGGAAUGGAAGAAAAUUUGGAUUACAAAGCAAUUAUUGAUGGAGUUGAGAGUGUUAGUCGUUUUGGGAAACAGGCUGCAUUGGAUCCGUUCACAUUGCUGAACCUUCUGCCAAACUCAACUGACAAGUAUUACACGUACAAUGGCUCGCUGACUUCCCCUCCCUGCACAGACACCGUGGACUGGAUUGUUUUUAAGGAUACAGUUAGCAUCUCUGAAAGCCAGUUGGCUGUUUUCUGUGAAGUUCUUACAAUGCAACAAUCUGGUUAUGUCAUGCUGAUGGACUACUUGCAAAAUAAUUUUCGAGAACAGCAAUACAAGUUCUCCAGGCAGGUGUUUUCCUCAUAUACCGGAAAGGAAGAGAUUCAUGAAGCAGUUUGUAGUUCAGAACCAGAAAAUGUUCAAGCUGAUCCAGAGAAUUAUACCAGCCUCCUUGUCACAUGGGAGAGACCUCGGGUAGUUUAUGACACCAUGAUUGAGAAGUUUGCCGUUCUGUACCAGCAGCUAGAGGGAGAAGACCAGACCAAGCAUGAGUUUUUGACAGACGGCUACCAAGACUUGGGUGCCAUUCUUAAUAAUUUACUACCCAACAUGAGUUACGUUCUUCAGGUAGUAGCCAUAUGCACCAAUGGCUUAUAUGGAAAAUACAGUGACCAGCUGAUUGUCGACAUGCCUUCUGAUGACCCUGAACUUGACCUCUUUCCUGAAUUAAUUGGAACUGAAGAAAUAAUUAAGGAGGAAGAAGAGGGAAAGGGCAUUGAAGAAGACACUGUGGUCAAUCCCAGUAGAGACGGUGUCACAAACCAAAUAAGGAGAAAGGAGCCCCAGGUUCCUACCACAACAAACUACAACCGUGUAGGAACUAAAUACAAUGAGGCCAAGACUAACCGGUCCCCAGCGAGGGGAAGUGAAUUCUCUGCAGAGGGUGAGAGUCCCACCUCAUCUGUCGAUUCCACUUCCCAUCCAGUCACUGAAUCGGCUCGAGAAAAAGAAGUGCAUCUGACUUCACAGACUGUGACCCAGCUGCCACCUCUCACUCUGGGAGGCACCUCAGCCUCUCUGAGUCACGGCUCCAAAACUGUUCUCAGAUUUCCACAGAUGAACUUGUCUGGGACUGUGGAGUCUUUACCUACAGUUUCUAUGUCCGAAUCUCAGGAAGUGUCUACCGAUACCAUUGAGGAAGAGAAUUUAUUGACCAAUUUCAAGCUCGACACGGGAGCCGAUGAUUCUUCGGGCUCCAGUCCUGUGACGUCUGCUGUGCCAUUCAUUUCUGAGAACGCAUCCCCUGGCUAUGCACUUCCUUCAGAGAACCCAGAGGCUGUCCCAUAUGAUGAUUUUCUGCCAGAAACUACGAGAAAUGCUUCGGAAGACUCAGCCUCAUCAGGUUCAGAAGAAUCUCUAAAGGAUCCUUCCCUUGAUGGAAACGUGUGGUUUCCUCAUGCUACAGAUGUGACAGUACAGCCCGAUGUUGGAUCAGGUAGAGAGAGCUUUCUCCAGACUAACUACACUGAGAUAGAUAGUGACGAAUCUGAGAAAACAACGGAGUCCUCUUCUCCAGGCCCAGUGGUGUCACAGGGUCCCUCGGUCACAGAUUUGGCAAUGCCACAAUACUCUACCUUGGCGUACUUCCCGACCGAGGUAACCCCCCAUGCUUUUACUGCCUCCUCCGGACAACAUGAUUCGGUGCCCACCGCCCACGUGGUGCCCUCGCAGACAACUCAGCCAGUAUACAAUGGUGAGACACCUCUCGAACCUUCCUCCAGUAGUGGAGUCUUUCCUCUAGUCUCCCCUUUGUUGCUUGACAGUCAGAUCCUCAACACUACCCCUGCUGCUUCAAGUAGUGAUUCGGCCUUGCAUGCUACGCCUGUAUUUCCCAGUGUCGAUGUGUCAUUUGAAUCCAUCCUGUCUUCCUAUGAUGGCGCACCUUUGCUUCCAUUUUCCUCUGCUUCCUUCAGUAGUGAAUCGUUUCACCAUGUGCAUACGGUGUCUCAGAUCCUUCCACAAGUUACUUCAGCUCUUGAGAGCGAUAAGGUGCCCCUGCAUGCUUCUCUGCCGGUGGCUGGGGGUGAUUUGCUAGUAGAGCCCAGCCCUGCUCGAUAUUCUGAUGUGGCGGCACAUCAGACCGCUCCUCGCGCUGCUUCGGAGACCUUGGAGCUUGGUGGUAGCGAACCUGGUGUCCUUUAUAAAAUGCUUAUGUUUUCUCACGUCGAACCGUCCAGCAGUGAUGUCAUGAUGCAUGCACGUUCUUCAGGGCCUGAACCUUCUUAUGCCUUAACUAAUAAUGAGGGCUCCCAACGCCUCCUCACUGUUUCUUACAGCUCAGCAGUACCUGUGCAUGAUUCUGUUCAGGGGUCCUUGUUUAGCAGCCCUAGCCACAUACCGGUGCCCGCGUCUUCCUUAGUAACCCCGACCGCAUCGUUGCUGCAGCCUACUCAUGGCCUCUCUGGUGACGGGGAGUGGUCUGGAGCCUCCUCUGAUAGUGAAUUUCUCUUACCUGACCCAGAUGGCCUGCCAGCCCUUAACAUGUCUUCACCUGUUUCUGUAGCUGAAUUUAUGUCUCCAGCAUCUAUACUUGGUGACAAUAACAAGCAGCCUCCUAAAAGUGAUGUAGUAAAUGGAAACGAGACUGAACUGCAGAUUUCUUCUUUCAGUCACCUGGUUUACCCUUCCGAACGCACAGUCACACCCAACCUGUAUGAUCAUGUAUAUAAGUUGAACGCGUCUUUACAAGAAUCCCCUGUUUCUGUUUCUAGCACAAAGGGCAUCCUUCCAGGGCAUCUUGCUUAUGCUGCUACUAAGGUUUUUGAUCACGAGAUUAGUCAAGUUCCAGAAAAUAACUUUUCAGUUCAGUCUUCACACACUGUAUCUCAAGCAUUUGGUGAUACUUCUCUUAAACCUGUGCUUAGUGCAAACUCAAAGCCAGCACCCUCUGACCCUGCUUCUAGUGAAAUAUUAUCUCCUUCAACUCAGCUCUUAUAUUAUGAGCCCUCAGCUUCUUUUAGCACUGAAGUGUUGCUGCAACCUUCCUUUCAGGCUGAUGUUGACACAUUGCUUAAAACUGCUCUUCCAGCUGUGCCUAGUGAUCCAAUAUUGGUUGAAACCCCCAAGGCUGAUCAAAUUAGUUCUACAGUAUUGCAUCUCAUGGCAUCAAAUUCUGCUUCAAGUGAAAACCCGCUGCCCUCUACAUCUGUACCAGUCUCUGAUAUAUCGCCUACUUCUAAUAUGCACGCUGCUUCACUUCAAGGUUUAACCAUUUCUUAUGCAAGUGAAAAAUAUUUUGAACCAGUUUUGCAUAAAAGCGAAAGUUUCCAGCAAGUGGUUCCUUCAUUGUACAGUCAUGAUGAGUUGUUCCAAACGGCCAAUUUGGAGCUUAACCAGGCUUUUCCCCCAAAAGGAAGGCAUGCAUUUGCUACUCCUGUUUUAUCAAUUGAUGCACCACCAGACACACUUAUAAAUAAGCUUGUUUUUUCUGACGAAGUCCUCACCUCCACCAAGGGUUCUAUUACUGAUGAGGUACUGGCUGGUAUUCCCACAGUUGUUGCUGAUGCAUUUGUAACUGCUGAUCAUUCGGUUCCUUUAGGAAAUGUGUAUGUUUCCAUUACAGCUCUUUCUCCCAACAAAGACAGCCCGGUAACCACAACCAAGUUGCUUUUUCCUUCUAGAACUACUUCUGAGCUGAUGCAAAGUGCCAGAUCUGACGCCGAUUUAGCGGGUGGUGGUGACAAUGGCGAUAUUGAUGAUUAUGGUGAUGACGAUUAUGAUGAAAGCGAUAGAGAAGACUUGUCCAAAAAUAAGUGUAUGUCAUGCUUCUCCUAUAGAGAGUCGCAGGAAAAGGUCAUGAAUGAUUCAGACACCCAGGAAAACAGUCUUGUGGAUCAGAAUAACCCAAUCUCAUAUUCCCCCUCUGAGUAUUCGGAAGAAGGAAAUAAAGUCACAGGUGUAACAAAGGACAGUCAGACUGACGUAGACCUAAGUCUUGGUAAAUCAUCGCCAACAAAUGUGCCGUCUCAAAAGCACGAUGAUGGAGAACAGGAAAAUGACAUUGAGACUGGUAAUGCCCUCCUCCCUUUCACCCCAGACUCUAAAGCCUGGGCAGUUCUUACAAGCGAUGAAGAGAGUGGAUCAGGGCAAGGUACCUCAGAUAGCCUUAAUGAUAACGAGACUUCCACAGAUUUCAGUUUUCCAGAUGUUCAUGAAAGAGAUGGUGAUGGGGUCCUAGAAGCAGGUGACUCAGAAAUAACUCCUGGAUCCCCACAGUCCUCAACACCGACAGUUACUAGCAGGCACUCAGAAGUAUUCAACAUUUCAGAGGCAGAGGCCAGUAAUAGUAGCCAUGAGUCUCGUAUUGGUCUAGCUGAGGGGUUGGAAUCGGAGAAGAAGGCAGUUAUACCCCUUGUGAUCGUGUCAGCCCUGACUUUUAUCUGUCUAGUGGUUCUUGUGGGUAUUCUCAUCUACUGGAGGAAAUGUUUCCAGACCGCACACUUUUAUUUAGAGGACAGUACGUCUCCUCGAGUAAUAUCCACACCUCCAACACCUGUCUUUCCAAUUUCAGAUGAUGUUGGAGCAAUUCCCAUAAAGCACUUUCCAAAGCAUGUUGCAGACUUACAUGCAAGUAGUGGGUUUACUGAAGAAUUUGAGACACUGAAAGAGUUUUACCAGGAGGUACAGAGCUGUACUGUUGAUUUAGGUAUCACAGCAGACAGCUCCAAUCACCCUGACAAUAAGCACAAGAACCGAUACAUAAAUAUUGUUGCCUAUGAUCAUAGUAGGGUUAAGCUUGCACAACUUGCUGAAAAAGAUGGCAAACUGACCGAUUACAUCAAUGCCAAUUAUGUUGAUGGCUACAACAGACCAAAAGCUUACAUUGCUGCCCAAGGCCCACUGAAAUCCACAGCCGAAGAUUUCUGGAGAAUGAUAUGGGAGCAUAAUGUGGAAGUUAUUGUCAUGAUAACAAACCUUGUGGAGAAAGGAAGGAGAAAAUGUGACCAGUAUUGGCCUGCUGAUGGGAGUGAAGAGUAUGGGAACUUUCUGGUCACUCAGAAGAGUGUUCAAAUGCUUGCUUAUUAUACUGUGAGGAGUUUUACUCUAAGAAACACCAAGAUCAAAAAGGGUUCCCAGAAAGGAAGACCCAGUGGGCGCGUGGUUACGCAGUACCACUACACUCAGUGGCCUGACAUGGGAGUGCCCGAGUACUCGCUGCCUGUGCUGACCUUUGUGAGAAAGGCAUCCCAUGCCAAGCGCCAUGCCGUAGGGCCUGUUGUUGUUCAUUGCAGUGCUGGGGUUGGAAGAACAGGCACAUAUAUUGUGCUGGACAGUAUGUUGCAGCAAAUUCAACACGAAGGAACUGUCAACAUAUUUGGCUUUUUAAAACACAUUCGGUCACAGAGAAAUUACUUGGUGCAAACUGAGGAACAGUAUGUUUUCAUUCAUGAUGCACUGGUCGAGGCCAUCCUUAGCAAAGAAACCGAGGUCCCGGAGAGCCACAUCCACGCCUAUGUUAAUGGGCUCCUCAUUCCUGGACCAACAGGCAAAACCAAGCUAGAGAAACAGUUCAAGCUCCUGAGUCAAUCAAAUAUACAGCAGAGUGACUAUUCAACAGCCCUAAAGCAGUGCAACAGGGAGAAGAACAGAACAUCUUCCAUCAUCCCUGUUGAAAGAUCCAGGGUGGGCCUUUCAUCCCUGAGUGGGGAAAGCACAGACUACAUCAAUGCCUCCUACAUCAUGGGUUAUUAUCAGAGCAAUGAAUUCAUCAUCACCCAGCAUCCUCUUCUCCAUACCAUCAAGGAUUUCUGGAGGAUGAUAUGGGACCAUAAUGCCCAGCUGGUUGUUAUGCUUCCAGAUGGUCAAAACAUGGCAGAAGAUGAAUUUGUUUACUGGCCAAAUAAAGAUGAGCCCAUAAAUUGUGAGAGUUUUAAGGUCACUCUUAUGUCUGAAGAACACAAAUGUCUGUCUAAUGAAGAAAAACUUAUAAUGCAAGAUUUUAUCUUAGAAGCUACACAGGAUGAUUAUGUACUUGAAGUGAGGCAUUUUCAAUGUCCCAAAUGGCCAAAUCCAGAUAGCCCCAUAAGUAAAACUUUUGAACUUAUAAGUAUUAUCAAAGAAGAAGCUGCCACCAGGGAUGGGCCCAUGAUUGUUCAUGAUGAGCAUGGAGGAGUGACAGCAGGAACUUUCUGUGCUCUGACAACCCUUAUGCACCAACUAGAAAAAGAAAAUUCCAUGGAUGUUUAUCAGGUAGCCAAGAUGAUCAAUUUGAUGAGGCCAGGAGUCUUUGCUGACAUUGAGCAGUAUCAGUUUCUCUACAAAGCCAUCCUCAGCCUUGUGAGCACGAGGCAGGAAGAGAACCCGUCCACCUCUCUGGACAGCAAUGGCGCAGCUUUGCCUGAUGGAAACAUAGCUGAGAGCUUGGAGUCUUUAGUUUAACAUGGAAGGGGGUGAGGGGAGUCACAUCUGAGUGUUGUUUUCCUCUUUCUAAUAUUAGACAGGAAAAUCAGUUCCUCUGUUAUCUGUUUACCUCCCAUCACCUGACAGUAACUUUCAUGACAUAGGAUUCUGCUGCCAAAUUUACAUCAUUAACAAUGUGUGCCUUUUUGCAAAACUUCUUAUAAUUCACUUAUUGUGUUGAAACUAAAAUGAUUGAAAUUUACAGUAUUUCUAAGAAUGAAAUUGUGGUAUCUUUUUUUCAUAUUGAUUUUAACAGAAAAUUUCAAUUUCUAGACAUUAGAAAUUCCCAACUACAGAAAACAUGUUUGUUUUUAGUGUCAAAUUUUUAGCUGCGUUUGUAGCAAUCAUCAGGUUUGCUAGAAAGGUAACUUUUAAUAUAGUAUCCUGUAAAUAAAAUACUGUGUUCCCUCUGAUAUUCAAAUUUUACAACUGCAGUAUUCAUCUAAAGUAGAAAUAAUCUGAUACUUACUGUAAAUACUGCUCUAGCAUCUCCAUGGACCAAAUUUAUAUUUAUAAUUGUAGAUUUUUAUAUUUUACUACUGAGUCAGUUUUCUAGUUCUGUGUAAUUGUUUAGUUUAAUGAUGCAGUUUGUUAUCUGGUCUUACUCUGCAAGUCUUCUGAUAUUGUUUUGUGUUAAGUCAUUAACUGUUUCAGCAUGUAAUUAAUUUUAACUUUUAUGGAAAAUAAAAAUACAUUUGUUUUGAAAGAAGAUGAUGUUUUUUAUGAGAAUAACACCUUACCCAACAUUGUUUAAAUGGUUUCUAUCCAAGGCAUUUCAAAAAUAAACAUUGCCAUCAA